AUGAAGAGAUUGAAAUCGAGUGACGAUCUUAACUCUUAUGGAGGAGAAAAGGGUGUUUUUAAGGAUUGGGGAAGAAAGGACGAUGAUUCAAGUUUGCACCAGUCGUCAUCUCACAGAAGUUUUCAUUACAAGUCUGAAAGUGGGAAACGGGGUUUAUCCUCUUCUUCUUCUUCACGUUAUGAAAGGGUAGACGAUGAUCUUAAGAAUCCAAAGUUGACACGGAAGAGGUCAGAUUAUGAUAUUGACAGUUACGAGAGGAGAAAGAGCUAUGACAGGUAUCGGGAUAGUAGUGAGAGGGGAAUCUUGAGUUCAUCCCCUCGUGGUGGAUAUGGUGGUGAUCGGAUACACAGAUCCGAAAGUUUUUCAGGGCCAAGGAGAGAUUUCCCUAAAGGGUUUAGAUCAGAAAGAGAUCGUUCAAGGCGAGAGGGAAGUGUUUCUUCAUGGAGGCGGUUUGGUGGAGGGAAAGACGUGGAGGAAAGCACAAAGAGUGGCAGUGAUUCUGCUAGAGGAAGUAAAGCAGCUUCAGAAGAAGUUGGCAAUGCGAGGUCCCCACAGGGAGGGAGAGAUGCAAAGUCACCACCAUGGUCAAAGGACUCUGGAAGCGAACAGUCAAAGUCUUCAAAGAGUCUUGAAGUGAAGAAGAGUGAAAGUCUUCCAGAAGAAAGUGGAAACAACAGUGAAAGAGAAGAAGGAGAGCUUGAACCUGAUCCCGAACCUGCUCCUAUUGUCCAGAACAUCACUGAAGAUCCACCUUCUGUGCCAUUAAAACAUGAAAAUCCCAUUGAUGACAAAUGUGUUGAAGAAUCCAAGGGUGAUCCAACAUGCGUUGUUACUGAUAUUGAAGUACCAGUACCUGUAAUGAACAAAGUUAAUGAAUCAUCAACUUCUGAAGAUUCUUCAACCCAGAGAACAGGUGAAAAUGGAGUUGCAGUUCCGUUUUUAUCAGAUAGCCAAAAGAAGGAUGCAGCAGAACAAAACCAAGCUUAUAAUGAUCACAAAGAGGAAGCUAAAGAUGUUAAACCUGAGGAAACAAAACCUAAACAGGUAAACGAUACAAAUCUUGAAGUCAAGGGGGAGAAUAUGAGCAUGGAUACAAAUACACAAGGACAGGUAGCAGAAAAUGAAGAACAACAUGUUUCAUCUGGAUUUGUUAAUCAUUGUUUUGUGACAAAAGAACUGACCCAUAAUUUCAAAGACAAGGGAAAAAGUGUUCUUGUUUCAGACUCCCAUGUUAAUGAAAACGGAUCAAUUGGUUUAUUGAAUAGCAGGGAGAUUGACAUAGAAGGACCAAGUACACGUGGUUUUGAUUUGUUCUUUACAGAUCCAGUUAAAAAGAGUGAAAGUAAUGAGCAAAAAGGAUUAAGCAAACCAAAAGAUGAGAAACUCUUAUUAGAACCACUUGAACUUUCUCUUCGUUUACCAAGUGUUCUUUUACCCAUUGGUUCUCAAAACCCGAUUCUGGGUCCAGAUUCUCCAAGUCAAGAAAUGAGCAUUCAAUCACACGCAAGUUCUUUUCAAACAAGUUCUGAUGGAUUCACAUUAUCAAGAUCUUUUUCUGGUUCUCAACACUACACCCACAACCCUAGCUGUUCUCUAACUGAAACUUCAUUCGACUUUGAACAAUCUGUUGGAAGUCGUCCAUUGUUUCAAGGUGUGACGUGGCAAGUUCAGCCUCCAGAUGACACCCCCAAGAACCAAGAACCUCCUCCCAUUCAAAUGAGCCUCUCAAAUGGAAAUGUUUCAGAAGGAAGUUAUAAAUUACCAAUUGGGCUUGAAAGACAGCUAAGUAGCAACAACAACAACAACAGUAACAGGAAGCCAUCAGGAUCACAAAGUGCUGGGUCCCACGAAACUGGAUCAGAGCAUCAUAAAGAUAGGAAACGAUUAAUGAGAGAAGCUAUUGGUUCUUUAAGUCAAACCACUGAAAUGGUUGAGCCUCUUCUCGCAAUGGUGGUUUCAGAUCCAGUUCACAUCGUGUCAAGAAUCUUAAGUGAAAUGACAACAUCGUCCCUCACAAGUCUAAAAGAAUCCGCGCGUGAUGUCAUUUUAAAUCCAAGCAAACGAAGACAAUUUUCCACCUUCCGCAAAUCCCUCGAAAAAAGGUCGGAUAUAACCCUAGAGAUUCUCUCAAAAGCCCAUGCCACUCAAAUCGAGAUACUCGUAGCUUUAAAAACCGGUAUCCAAGAUUUUCUCCAAUCCAACAGCGACACGUCAUCGUCUGACCUGGCGGAAAUCUUUCUCAACAUAAGAUGCAGAAACCUGACAUGUCGAAGCUACAUACCCGUUGACGAAUGCGACUGCAAGAUUUGUGUUCAGAAAAAGGGGUUUUGUAGCGCGUGUAUGUGUCUAGUGUGUUCAAAAUUCGACAUGGCAUCAAACACAUGUAGUUGGGUAGGAUGUGAUGUGUGUCUGCAUUGGUGUCACACAGACUGUGGGAUCCGCGAAUCCUACAUCAGAAACGGGCGGAGUGUGAAUCGGGCCCCGGGUCAAAGUCAAACCGAGAUGCAGUUUCAUUGUGUUGCGUGUGAUCACCCCUCCGAGAUGUUUGGUUUUGUGAGAGAAGUUUUUCAGAAUUUUGCUAAAGGCUGGACAGCUGAGACACUGUCGAACGAGCUUGAGUAUGUUAGAAGAAUCUUUUCUGCCAGCGAGGAUAUUCGUGGGAAACGACUUCACGAAAUCUCUCUCCAGAUGCUGACUAGGCUGUCUGACAAGGCAAAUGUUCAUCAAGUUCGGUCCUUUGUCAUGGGUUUUCUUACCGAUGAUGAUAGUUUGAAGUUGGAGAACAUUCAAAUCCAACAAGAAGUGGUGAAACCGGGUUAUGGAGAGAGAGAAAGAGCGAUGGUUCAUUUGAAAUCAGUAGCUGUGGGCCCACGGGAACCGGUUUUUGAUGAGCUGGAUGGGAUUGUGCGGAUUAAGUUGGCAGAGGCUCAGAUGUUUCAAAUGCGUGCAGAUGAUGCAAGAAGGGAAGCAGAAGGUCUGAAUAGGAUUGCACAGGCUAAAAGUAAGAAGAUUGAUGAGGAGUUUGCUAGUAGAGUUGCAAAGUUGCAUUUCUCAGAGGCUGAGGAAAUCAGAAGACAAAAGUUUGAGGAGUUACAAGCUUUGGAAAAUGCACAUCAGGAGUAUUUUAAUAUGAAGCUCAGAAUGGAAAGAGAGAUUAAGGAUUUGCUUUUGAAAAUGGAAGCUACAAAAAGAAACUUCACCUCAUCCUCAUGACCAUGUCACCUGGGUAGGUUUAUUAGUUAAUUAAAGUAUUACUACUACUACUACUUACCUUUUGUUUUUGCAUUGCAAGUUUAGUGGGGGUUGGUUGGUGAUUAAUUUGUAGGUUUACUACUUUGAAUUAUAUUAUGUUUUUUUUUUUCUUUUUUUUCUUUUUCUCUUUU